UUCUUAAUUUAAAAUUUCUGGCUCUCGAACUUAGGGUUCUUAGUGAUCCUAUAAACCCUAAGUGGUCGAUUCGUGAGCGAGGAGGGAGGAAGGUGUGGCGCCAAUCCAGGUACUCGGCUUCUAGCACUUUCAUGUCCAGUGUCCCCACGCCUGCAUCCGGAUCGACACUUUCCCACCGACAAUUCAGCGAAGACGCUCAAUCUCAUGGCACAGCCAAAUUGCCAGCAGGAGCGGCGGCGGGAGCUUCGUGCCCGGAGCACGAAACUUCCAAAAUCCGCGCGCUCAAUCCACUGGCCAGAGAGUUUGUCCCUGUUGAGGAGGGAUCUCCUUCUUCGCGGUCUCCGACCAAGAGAACAUCGAGUCGUGAAGGAUUUCCUUCAGCACCAAGGAACUUCUCAGAUCACGACGCCGCAGCUACAAGCUCCGAGGCAAAUAGUGGGGUGAAGGAAAAUUGGGUGGAAAGUGGCAUGCCCCACAAACAGUCACAAAAGCUGCAAGAAGUAACAGGAGGACUCUCAGCCGCUCUUAAAGUCCCUCAAGCAGGAAAAAGUUCUCUCAAGAUGGGACACGAAUUUACUUCUUCUCAGCACUCAACCCAGCCAUCAUCUUCACGACGCGGACAGACAUGGAACGCGAAUCAUCUACUUAACUUUCACUACGAUCCCAUCGUUCGACCGUCCCCAAGGCCUCCUCAGCGCAGGCAGCAUCAGAAAGUUCAGGCUUACGACAAAGAGCUCUUCUUGCAAGCAAACUUUCGGUUCUUGGUCUCGGAUUUUGGGGACUAUUUGGAGAACAGCACUGACCCAGACAAGAUGCUCGAGUGGGAAGACAUAGCCAUUGUGGAACUCUCGUCCUCGGUGGCUAUCCAGUGUCCGAUAUGCUUGGAAAGUCCACCUCUGUGCCCACAGAUCACGUCGUGCGGUCACGUCUUUUGCUUCCCAUGCAUUCUACGAUACUUCUCCGACGCGGACCACAAGACUCACGUAAAGAAAUGCCCGCUCUGCUUCGGCAUGACUUCUCCUAAGGAGCUGCGCACCGUCUACAUUCACAACGUGAAGGAACACAGGCCAGGUGACAAUGUUGGCUUUACGCUCUUGACGCGGGAUAAAGGGUCUGUUAUACCGUUCAAAAGAAACGAGUCGAGGGGAUCACCGGCUUACACCAAGGAUGGACGUUGCCAUCUGUACUCCAAGUUUACACUGACAUGCGACGUCGAGAUGACAACAAACAAUGCCGUUUCGGAGCUCACAGCAUGGGCUGAGAGAGCUCAGUCGGGCGAUGACGAAGACAUCGAACAGCUGCCUUUUGUGUUUGCGGCAAUCGAUGAGCUUAAGUCGAGAAAGGCUGCUUGGGACGAGCACCGGACGUUGGAGUUUAUCUCGAGCAGCCCAUCUGUAAGGCAGAGAAUUAUGGCUCAGGUGAAGGCUGGAAUCACAAAGCUGCCUGGAGAAGACUUCGAAAGUUCUAGCUCAGCUGGAAAACACCAUGAAAAGCAGGAAGUGUUGGAACCGUCGCCGCCGAAGCAAGAAGGCGUUUAUCACAUCAAUCCGUUCACUGAUGAACGAGAGUUGGUUGAUGUAGACAAGAAGCCAAAAUCGAAAGAUUUGCAUCAAGAGGACGCACCAGAGGACUGGGAAUCCAUCACUUCACCUGUGAAGACCGCGACUUAUAAGGACGCCAAAGACGCUAAACACGAAGAGACUGAUUCUUACAGCUUUUAUCAGGCCGCAGAUGGUCAACUCGUCAUUUUACAUCCUUUGACAAUGAAAUGCUUGGUUCACCACUAUGGAUCGUACACGUCUUUGCCUUCGAGAGUUGAAGGGAAAAUACUUGAGAUGGAAGCAAUGAUUCAAACCGAGCUGUCGAGAAAACGAUACCGCUAUUUGAGUCAUCUACCACUUACUAGCACCUUUCAGCUGUGCGAGGUGGACCUCUCAAAAAUCUUACCAAGCUCGUCACUGUCUCCCUUCAAGGAUGAGCUACAUGCUCGAGAGGUUCGCAGACAGAGACGCCUGAAACAGGACAAGAUGCUUAAAUCUGCUGGGCAAAGACUUGAAGAGAAAGUGGUGCCACCAUCUCCAGCAGACUACAUCGCGAUCAUGAACGCCCUUCACGAAGACGAAGUUCCAAACGACAGUGAGUUUGUCGCCGCUUCUACAGCACCAGUCCCGGCCUCGUCUCCACCUGUCGACGAGAGGAGACUCUUCUCGAGGGUGGCCAAGCUCGGCUUUGCUUCUGGACACGAUGCUCCGGAUCUCACGAACGACGGUCUCUCCUCUAACAGGCCACCGAUCCAACAACAGUCGCCAUGGAACCAAAAACAAGCUCCGGCUGGAAGCAGCAGCGGAGGAGCUUCCCUUUCUUUCGCGGACGCCAUACAGAGAAAAGUGGAGAAGAAAACUCCAGAGGCUCCCUCGCGUGGAGCAGCCCGCAAAGGCAAAGUUUUACUUUCUACUGGCAGUGGAAGAAAGUACUGAAUAGUCAAUGUGUUAAUAUAAAUACAAAGUGUUCAAAGGGUCAA